AUGAACACUCCCAAAAGUAACUGUCCAAAUUUACAGAAUAGAUCGCCAAACUUAAACUCGACAAAUAAUACAGAAACAAAUACAGAAGGCAUUAACAACAACGGUGAUAUAAAGACAAAGCCUCCAAUCCAUUCUAAUUCUUUGCUUGAAACGAUCUUUGGAUCGACUGUUUCCAUUGAAAACCUACCACAACAGGCUAUUUUGAAAUCAUUGGAUUUAAAAAUUGAACAAGAAAAGACAAAACAACAAUAUUAUAAAUUGGAAAAUAUUGCUAAAUCGAUCGAGCUAUUUAGGCUGGCGACAUCCUCAGGUCUCCAUUCUUCACAUAUCUUCAAAUUAUUUGAUAAUUCAGCCAUUUCUUCACCGACCAACCAUAGUUCUUCCUUGGGAAAUCCCAUUGCAAAUGAUAAUAGUAAUCCUUCUAAUAACUCCUUAGCAUAUGUGGAACAAGAACACCCUAAUCAACCGUCGGCAUUAGCACAACAACGGCAGCAGCAGCAGCAGCAGCAGCAGCAGCAACAAAUGGGUGAACCCCAGUCUUAUAAAUUUCCUCCUAUUAUCGUUAAUAAUGAAGAUGAAAAUGAAAAUGCUAGAUAUACAAUAAACUCAUUACUCUCUUCUACAAAGACUUUCCCUCCAUCAACUUUUGCUAAUGGUAGAACCAAUUCACCUGCUAGAAUUGGAGCGCAUGCAGUGGCAGUUUUAAAUGAAGCGGUGAAGAUGAAUGAAUAUCAAGAAACCAAUGACUCGAAUAACUCUAAAUAUGGUCCCAAGAUUGAGUCGCCACUAUCAGUGAGAAAAAACCAUAAUUAUAAUCAUACACCAGUUACAUCAACCACUCAUACCCGUAAUUCAUCAUUGCCAGCUUUGACGACUUUUUCGCAUAAUACUAGUAAUAAUUCUAAUGCUGUCGUUAAUGAUAAUAAUAAUGGUUCCCUAUCAAAUAAUAUUGAUUUAGAUUCCAACAAUACUAAAAGUAUCCCUCCUGGAAUGGUGUCAAUAUUAAGUUUUCAUAAUACUAAUAAUUCCACUAAUAUGCCCAAGAUGAGAAAAUCAGGUAUGAUUAAUAAGAAACAUAGACGUGUGAAAUCAACAUCCUCACAACCUAAUUUACACCAAAGGCAAUACACUUCUAAUCCUUCUUUACAUAAAAUGAAUACCUUAACGCCUUCGUCUACGAUUUCUUCAUCUAAUAGUAUUCAACGUUCAUUAUCACCACAUAAUCGCCCCAUUGAUUUGAAUGUAAUUAAUAAUUCUGGAACAAAUGGCAAGAUUAAGAAUGAGAUGGGACAACAACAACAAGACAUUAUUGAUAAUAAUGAAACAUGCAGUGAAAAUAGUAGCCGUGCAGAAAGUCCACUUAGACUAACUCCACCAUUAGAUGAUGUAAGUAUAAAAAAGAGGGCAAACGAAGCAGAAAAUGAUAAUAAUAGUAAUAAUAAUAAUAAUAAGAAUAAAAUACUUACGAAUCCGAAUCGACAAACACAAUCACAAAAUUCUGUUAAGAAGAUUUUGAACACAACGUAA